CCGAACAGUCACGUGCACACUUAACGAAGUUUUCAGUGCGACCUAGCGGGAAAAAAGUGAAACAUUAAACAUAACCUCAAAAAGAGAAUUGUAAACAGUGCAUGAUCUCGUGUUUUUCCCGGUGAAAAUCAGUGAUUUUUCGCGAAAAUUAUGUGGAAACAGUUGAAGAAUCUCCAGAAUCUUCACAAAAUCUGCACCAGGACAUACCUGUCACAAGCCUAUCAAUGCACAGAAGCAUGGAAUGCAAGGCUAAACACUCCAAUUCUGCAAAAGAUCAAUCUGGAGAAAUAUCUCUUUGAAUUGGAUCAAAAAUUCCAGCAACAAGGCAAAUUUAGUUGCAUUGAUAUUGAUAUUUGCUGCAACAAACUCCUCGAUGACACCUACAUCGACGAACUCUUUGAUAUCCUGCAUAAAUUGCGAAUGACAAUGGAAACUUCCAACACGGCUGAUUCCACUCAUCAUGCUGUUGUCCGGAAUUUAAUCACAAUGGGAAAAUACGAGGAAUUGCUGCAAAUCCUCAAUGAUCCACUGAACUUUGGUAUAUUCCUGGACACUUUCUCAGCAAACCUUCUGCUGGACACUCUCACAGAGAGCCAAAAUUUCACAUUUGCCACAAAAGUGGCUACGAUACUGAUGCUUCAGGAAGAUUUUGGAAAUGACAUCACCAAAGCUCUGUCGCUUUUGGCAUGUUGGAAGUACCUUCAGAAUCCCGAGCCAUUUGAGAAACCCGUCGAAGCUCCCCAAGCUCCAGCUGAGACGGAAGUCAAGCCCAAGAAAAAGCCUGAAGAAGUCAAAGUCCGAGUAAAGUACGUGAGGAAUCCCUUCUUCGAUGAACACUUUGACCUCAGGGAUCCUCAGCAAUUGGUUGGAAAGACCCUUUACUACUUAGGAAUGCAUCUUCCCAACUCUGUAGCAAACAGUGUGCAAAUCCUAGGUCUAGCCUUGUUCGGAAAAUUCGAAAAGGGAUUGAAUCUGGUUAGCACCUUAAAGGAUGGCCAGGAAAUCUAUUCUGAAGUCUUAGUAAAAAGCUUGGAAAUCCUCAAAGGGAUAGAAAAGGCAGAGGAAACACCCAGUUUGCAGGAAUUCGCGGAAGCCAUUGAGGCCAAAAAGCCAAAGCUGAAGCUCAUCGAGGGGAACUUUGAAGAAGAAAUUCAGAAGAUGAUCACCCAAGGAAUUGCCAAGUGUGAAAAGGAGGAUAUUGCAAGUCAAACCCAGUUGUACGAGAAAUGGUGCAAAGACCGUGAUGAUAGUCUCAAUGAGGAACUGCUGCGGUUACGCCGGGCUCAAGCACUGAAGGACAUUGAAAAGGCCACGAAGGAGAUGGAAACAGAGGAGCAGAAAUUGUGGUUCUUUGAGAAUGAGGACAAAAUUGAUCUUCAAAUUGAAGGAAAGAAGAUCUACUACCCCAAACGAUGGUUCGGCAAGAAGAAGAAACCCCGUGUCCAAGAUGAAGGCUACGUCCCGCCGGAAAUCACUGCGAAACGCAAUUAAAAUUUGGGCAUUUCGUCUAGUUUGGAUUUUGUAAUGUAUUUUAGAAAAAGAGAAGAAAACAAUAAUUUUCACUAUUAAAUUAAAAACAGUCGAAAGAAAAAAA